CCGCUCGGCUCGCCGCGGUGCAGCAGAAGACGCCGAAAGCUCCUUAGGAUGUAACGCGCCCAAGCUGGCCGCGCGCUCCGGGACUCGCCCAAGGCUGAACUCUGUGCAAGGUGCCCUGCAGGCUCCCUGCCGGCCACCCCCACCCCCCCAUGCCAGCCCGCAGCUAGGGCCGGGGGGCGGCGGAGGCGGCGGGUGGGUCGUGGCAAAAGGCGAUGGAAGGCGCCAAUGGCUUUGCGAUCGACUCCAUCCUCUCCCACCGGGCGGGCAGCCCCGCCCUUCCCAAGGGGGACCCCUUGCUGGGGGGCUGCGGCUCGUCGCCCCUGGAGCUGAGUCCGCGAUCCCGAUCCGAAAGCAGUAGCGCUUGCUCCUCACCCGCCUCUUCUCCGGCCCGGGACUGCCUGGAGGCGGGGGCCCCAAGGCCAGGCGGGGCCUCCGGCCCGGGGCUGGAUCCCCACCUGCAGCCCGGGCAGCUCUCGGGCCCAGCCCAAUCGCGCACCGUGACCUCCUCCUUUCUGAUCAGGGACAUCCUCGCCGAUUGCAAACCGCUUGCGGCCUGUGCCCCGUAUUCCAGCAGCGGACAGCCGGCCGCCCCAGAGCCUGGGGUCCGGCUGGUGGCCAAGGCCACAGGGGACUUUCGAGACAAACUGGACAGAAGCGGCAGCAACGCCUCAUCCGACUCUGAAUACAAAGUGAAGGAGGAAGGGGACCGAGAGAUCUCCAGCUCCAGGGACAGUCCCCCGGUGCGCCUCAAGAAACCUCGCAAGGCCCGUACCGCCUUCACCGACCAUCAGCUGGCACAGCUGGAGCGCAGCUUUGAGCGGCAGAAGUACCUGAGCGUUCAGGACCGCAUGGAGCUGGCCGCGUCCCUCAACCUCACCGACACGCAGGUGAAAACCUGGUACCAGAACCGCAGGACGAAAUGGAAGCGGCAGACGGCCGUGGGGCUGGAGCUGCUGGCAGAGGCAGGCAACUACUCGGCGUUGCAGCGCAUGUUCCCGGCGCCUUAUUUCUACCCGCAGAGCCUCGUCUCCAACCUGGACCCGGGUGCUGCGCUCUACCUGUACCGCGGGCCCAGCGCGCCGCCGCCCGCCCUGCAGCGGCCCCUGGUGCCCCGCAUCCUUAUCCACGGACUCCAGGGCGCGGGCGAGCCGCCCCCGCCGCUGCCCCCGUUGGCAGGCGUCCUCCCGCGGGCCGCACAACCUCGGUGAAGGGCCCGGCUCGGCCAGCCGCGGGGUCCCCGGCU